GUCCAAUCUUAAUCAACCUGCAAGAAGAGUAGCUUUAAAAUUUUUGGGAAAUUUGAACGUAUGGAAUAGCUUAGGUCUUGCCGAUGCUUAUGCUUCAUUUGUUUGGAAUGCCAUUUAUACUAAUUAUAUCAAAUAUACAGUGACUCACAAAAGUUUUACAAAAAUAUAUUCUAGCGCUUCCAAAUUGAUUAAAUCCCAUAUUUCUAACUGA